AUGGAUUAUAAGGGAUUUUACAAGAAUAUCGGCAUCGCUCCGUUUUGUGCGGUGAAGGAGGAGACGAAGAAACAGCGCCAGCAGUCGCGCCACGCAAUGCGCCAGUCUUUCCGGAAUCUGAACGACUCGGACGAGGAAAAUUUAGUGGUUCAACCGCAGAACACAGCCACUACCUCAUCGAUGGGUCCGCCACCGCCGCGGGCUGACCUAGAGCGUAUGUUAAAGUUCCGCGAGCAAAAACGGAAAGUAAAGCAAAAACAACAGCUUCCACCGGCCAAACGUAAACCGUUCGUGGCGGCUAUAUCCCGCCAGGACAUUUCCCUUUCGUACAAGCGAAUUGUGGAACCCUAUAAAAAAAAGACGAAAAAGGAAGCGACAGCACCCUUGUUGAGCGCAAAGAAUCACCACGGCCAAGAGAGGAUUCCGUUGCCCAAAAGUGCUAGCAAGAAAGCGCUUCAAAACGACGCAAAGCAACAACAACAACCACAACCGUUGGGGGAAUGGAAAGGCCGGACACCCCUGUUGGCUUUCCGGAAUGUGGCACCCCGUGUAGACUGUUGGUGGCCAAAGAAUGGACCACCGCUGAUCACCGUGGCCGGUGGUGGAUGCUCACAACGAACAGGAGCAGCAGCUCGCGUUGCCAGUGUCUCUGCCAAGAAACCGGCGAAAGUAUGCUCAUCGGGAUCCGAAUCAUCCCGGAAACCAACCGUUAAGCCAGGCACUGCCUCGGUUGCUACGACCUCAUCGAAAAAGCCGCAAACGGGUGUGUCGCAACGGAAGCAGCCGGUAGUGGUGUUUCGCGGAAAUAAUGCUGGAACAUCGAAUGGGAGAUCAGUGCUUACUUCGACGGUACGUAAGCCGAUAAAAGCCUUCACGUUUUCGAUUGCAGAUCCCUCCACUAAGAACAGCGAUGAUCGUCCGCAAUUUCAAUCGCUUACAAUUGCCACGGCGGAAGAGCUCUUCGAUGGCAUUAGUCCGAUCGAGACAGACUCACCAGCACCAGCGACCGCAGCUGGUGGUCUCACCAGGUCGCCAAGGACGAAGGGGCCGGGUGCAAAACAUCCCAAGGAGGAGAGUUUCUGGGAACCGCAACCAACGGCUUUUAUCUCGUCAUCGGAUGUUGCCAGAGUUACCGAUCCCACUCAGCCACCAAGGACGAAGGGGCCGGGUGCAAAACAUUCCAAGGAGGAGAGUUUAUGGGAACCGCAACCAACGGCUUUUAUCUCGUCAUCGGAUGUUAUUGGUGUGGGUGCCGACAAUGUAGAGCGGGCUAAACGGUCUGAAAAGUCUAGUCCAAGUGUGGUGUGCUUAGGCAGCUUCGACAAACCAAAUAAUCUGUCCCCGUUGAAUAACGAGGAGCUGGCCAGCGGAAAAUUGGCCGAAGGUGGCACACCGAAACGAGCAGUUUCGCUGAACGAAUCCUUCACCGUAAGCGAUGGCAUUGCAGAUGAUGAUGUUUUUUGCACUGAAAUCUCCUCACCAAAGGAUCCUGCAUUUGGUUGUCGGCCAACAAUCGAAACGAUUGACGAGACGAUAGCGACGUUUCCAAUUGAGGAGAAUGAAGUAGUAGCACAAAUGCAGAAACGAUGUUCGCUCGUAUUCACUGAGCAAAGCAAUGUCCCGCCGGCAGAACCAAGUGUGGCUGGUGAAAGCUCUGAUGCAUCGUUCAGCAGCAGGCGCCGUUCUUCUACCAAGCGCCGAUCAUCGCUUUGCCCGGUAACCGAGCAGCAGAACGUCCAGAUUCCGGGAGAGGUUCGAUCAAAGACCGAUUUCUACAAAGACAAGGUACAGUGCGAGCUGGCGCGCCUUCAGGGGCUCUGUGAUCAGUAUAAACCCUAUCUGGACUCGGACACACUGAACGAACACUGCCGGGGGUUGUUGUUGGCAGCGCAGGGUCAAACCAACAUACUGAUCAACAAGAAGCUGACCAAGUUCCAAGAGCUCAUCGGGCACUACGAAAGCAACUGGACCGAUCGCAAGGUGCGCAAAGAUGAUUUAGAUGGAUUCUGGCAGAUGGUUGCGCUUGAUUUGGAGAAUCUUGAUCAACGGUUUGAAGAGUUACGCAAACUACGGGCUAACGAUUGGCAACCGAUCGUCCAGGAAGCAGCAUCAGAUGAUGCACCAGCUAAAACGAAAAAGCUUCAAGCCGGUGCUGGUAUCCGCAAACGUGAGAAGAAGGCAGCAGCCAACGGAACAACGGGAAAAUCCUCUUCUGUGGUCGCUGAACUGAUCCGCAAAGCUCGGCUGGAGCAAAAGAAAAAGAAGCUAACGGAUCUUGGAGAAUUGACCGAAACGGUGACACUGGUGACGACGCCGGUUAAACGAUCGCAACGCAUCGCAGAAACUCCUAAGCGCAACAGUCUGGCAAGACGAUCCAGCAUAUGCAUGGUUUGCACACCAACGGCAGCAGAUGCACGAAAGCACGACCGCUCCUCCAAUAAGUGUGGCACCAUACUUCCAGAGACCGACAAUGAAGAUGCAGACAACGCCGGGUCUUGCUUGAAAGCGACUUCUUCAAAUCGUUCCAGCCGCACGAAGAGCGUGCUAUUCAUGGACGCUUGUCUCGAGACUCCUCAAUCACGCCGCCGACAGAGCACCCGGCGAAUCGUGGACACCCCGAAACCAGCUAAAGAUCUGCAGGAUGAGCAUGAUCCAGCAUCGAGCUCACCAGCAGCGCCAAAGCAGGGAUCACAACAGGGAAAAAGACGAAAGUCGAUUGUUUGUUUCACGGAGCAGAACGAUGAACCACCAACAAUGCCUAGUAAAUCCAAUUUACGUCUGGAGGAAGCCGACCUUCUCGCUUUGCUUAACAACAGCUCGAUGACCAAGUCUCUGCGAAAAGCAACCAAGACGAAUAGCGCGACAAAAGUGCUGCAGAUGCCAGAAGAGGUCCGAUCGAAGGCCGAUUUCUACAAAGACAAGGUACAGUGCGAGCUGGCGCGCCUUCAGGCGCUCUGUGAUCAGUAUAAACCCUAUCUGGACUCGGACACACUGAACGAACACUGCCGGGGGUUGUUGUUGGCAGCGCAGGGUCAAACCAACAUACUGAUCAACAAGAAGCUGACCAAGUUCCAAGAGCUCAUCGGGCACUACGAAAGCAACUGGACCGAUCGUAAGGUGCGCAAAGAUGAUUUAGAUGGAUUCUGGCAGAUGGUUGCGCUUGAUUUGGAGAAUCUUGAUCAACGGUUUGAAGAGUUGCGCAAUCUACGCGCUAACGAUUGGCAACCGAUCGUCCAGGAAGCAGCAUUAGAUGAUGCACCAGCUAAAACGAAAAAGCUUCAACCCGGUGCUGGUAUCCGCAAACGUGAGAAGAAGGCAGCAGCCAACGGAACAACGGGAAAAUCCUCUUCUGCGGUAGCUGAACUAAUCCGCAAAGCUCGUCUGGAGCAAAAGCAAAAGAAGCUAACGGAUCUAGGAGAGUUGGCCGAAACGGUGACACUGGUGACGUCGCCGGUGAAGCGAUCGCAACGCAUCGCAGAAACUGGUGGAUUGAAGCAGCGAGCGACUGUGUGCUUCGGGCUAACCCCAGCCAUUGUGAGCCCUACAACGAAAGACACACGCCGUACAAUUUUCCCCGGGAUCAACCGUCGCAGCAGAGACAAUCUGAAAUCCAUCCUCAAGACGCCGAAAGACGCCGAAGGGCAGAGUGGGCCCAAAAGUGUUCUCUUCUUGGAUAAUGCUCUGCAAACACCGCAAGCGUGCGAUACCGGUGCACCGCGGACACGCCAAUUUCCCGUCACACCGAAGCUACGGCUCAAGUUUAACGAUCAGCUCGAGCUGGAGCAUAUCGAUCGGUUGGAUUCGCGGACACCUUCCCGGUUGGAGGACGAACUACGCAAACGUUUGCGACAAUCGUUACUCUCUAAUUCCGCUUCGACUGGCGAGUCGGUUGAGUCGGACAAGACGGACGCCACGGACCGGGGUACGGGUACUCCGACUGCUAAGCGUUCUAGCAAACGCAAAAGCCGCCGAAUUUCGCGGACACUAGCCGCCAUCUUCGACGGUGCCAAUGAUGUUGUCGAGCAAUCUCCGGCACCGGUGCGACCUAUGACUAGAUCCAGUGCGAACACCCCACGCCGGAAUGCAUCGUAGAGUGUGGUACUACACGCGUUUGUUCUUACUCUUUACUUUGUUUGUUUCUUUUUU